CUGCCUACACACUCUACCAAUUGAGGAGUAGUUGAGCAUCCCAAGUUUCAAAUUUUCAUCCUCUGUUUUGCCACUACACUCUCUUUGGGGAUAUCGACGGGUUCAUGAAAUUGAGACCCUGUCAAGUUAAAUCGAGACUCAUACGUCAGGCAUUGGGUCGGUUGAGACAGCCAGUCGAAUACUGUCAGAUACUCACAACUCACCCUGGUCGAGUCGACACUCGUCGCACACUCACCACAUCCCUCAACUGUCUCCAAUUGACAACACCUACCGUGAAGAUGGCAACCCGGAGAUCUGCCCGGUUAAGUGCUCUGGCCGCAGCCCAGCCCAACGGCGCGGCUGCUCCCAUAGUCCCUCCACCUGCUCCGAAGUCCCGGAAGAGGAAGGUCAGCGCCGAAGACGAGGGUGAGCCGGCACCCUCAUCAACAACAGAACCACAACUAUCUUCAACUCCGCAGAAACGGAAAGUCUCAAAGAAGGCAGCACCACCACCCGCGACCCCAACACCAGCCGCUGCAGCUCUCCUCUCCUCUCCCGCUGCUCAGAAGCCCAAACCCGCCGCCGUCUCCCGCCUAGCCGAUCCAACCAAGACCAACGCCCCUUUACUCUCCCCUCAAACCUCUAGAGUGGUCUCUUCCAGUCCCAUCAGACCGAGAGAUACCGAAGAAGGCCUUCUUUCCCCAUCCAAGCUUAGGGCCCCCGACGGGAAAAAAGAUGACAACGACACCACAACAGAAAACAUCCUCGAAAAAGCCUGCGCCCACCUCAUCGCCGUCGACCAUCGCAUGAAGCAUCUCAUCGACAAGCACCCCUGCCGCAUCUUUAGUCCCGAGGGGCUAGCAGAGCAGAUCGAUCCGUUUGAAAGUCUGGUGAGCAGCAUCAUUUCUCAACAAGUGAGCGGGGCGGCAGCGAAGUCGAUAAAAGCCAAAUUCGUCGCUCUAUUCGACGAUCCCGCUUUUUCUCAAGAGGAGGCCAAAGAGGACGACGGUCAGAACGGGCAAGAUGAUGCCGCCCACCCAGCAGCCGAAGGCGAACCAACACCAACACCAACAAAACGCCGCUUCCCAACCCCUUCUCAGGUUCUAGCCAAGGACCUCCCCACCCUCCGCACCGCCGGCCUCUCCCAGCGCAAAGCCGAGUACAUGCACGGCCUCGCCGCCAAAUUCGUUUCGGGCGAAUUAUCCGCCUCCCUCCUCGCCUCGGCGCCCUACGAGGAACUAGUCGCCAAACUCGUUGCCGUUCGCGGCUUGGGGCUCUGGACCGUCGAGAUGUUUGCUUGCUUUGCGCUUAAGAGGAUGGAUGUCUUUUCGCUGGGCGAUUUGGGCGUGCAGAGGGGGAUGGCGGCGUUUGUGGGAAGGGAUGUUAAGAAACUCAAGAAUGGGAAGAAUGGGGGAGGGAACGGAAAGGAUAAGAAGUGGAAGUAUAUGAGUGAGGCGGAGAUGAGGGAGAUUAGUGAGAGGUUUAGGCCUUAUAGGAGUUUGUUUAUGUGGUAUAUGUGGAGGGUUGAGGAGACUGAUGUUAGUAGUAUGGAGUAGUUGGGGUGGGAGAUACGGGUUGGGAAAAAAAAAACGAAGAUAGGUAGGAAUGGGGCUUUUGCUUUGUCCUGAGGAAGGCGAGUCGAGCUCGCUGCUGGCGCGGUAGUAUCCGAUGUGAGUGAUGAUAUGAUGACGACUUAGUAACCCGUUAGGGCACGAGUUGAACCGUACUAUAGAGCCUACGAAUUUACCAUCAUGGAAACUUGAUAUAACUCGCAAAUACUCUCUCUACCCUA